GCGCCCGUCCGCCCGCCGGCCACGCGCAACGUCGUCGCCGCCGCUCUGCGAGCCGCAGUGGCCGCCGCGCGCGGGAUCGGCCCGGCACAGACAUGCGGCGCAGGAGGACCGCGCGCCACACGAGACCCCGCCACGUGCCGCACCACCGCGCCGCCACCGCUGUCGUCCGCGACGUCACGGCCACGCUGAGGCAGCGCUGCGUGCCCACGACAUGUCCGGACCCAAGAAGAUGAAGACUACUGGUUCGUCACGACGGGGUGCCACCGGUGCUGGAGGUGGGGGAGGGGGAGGAGCGGGUGGCAACGGCGGCGCCGCCAACCACCUGGUCCAGGGCGCAGGCCCCGGCGUGGGGCCCCACCCAGCCAUGUCAGGCUCGAUGCCGGGCCCCGAGUGCGCGGGCUGCCAAAAGCCCAUCCGCGAGCGGUUCCUGCUCAAGGCGCUUGACCAGCUGUGGCACGAGGACUGCCUCAAGUGCGCGUGCUGCGACUGCCGCCUCGGAGAAGUCGGCUCUACCCUCUUCACUAAGGCCAACCUCAUACUCUGCAAGAGGGACUACCUCAGGUUAUUCGGCACCACUGGAUUGUGCUCAGCGUGCAACAAGACCAUCCCAGCCUUUGAGAUGGUCAUGAGAGCACGCGGCAACGUCUAUCACCUGGAGUGCUUUGCCUGUCAGCAGUGCAAUCACAGGUUCUGCGUGGGCGACCGCUUCUACCUACACGAGAAUCGCAUCCUCUGCGAGUACGACUACGAGGAGCGAAUGAUCUUCGCUAACAUGCCGUACUUCGGCGGCGCCGGUGGCGGUGGCGCCGGAGGGAUGCCGGGGACUGGAGCCGGUGGACCGAUGGGCCUCAACCACCACCACGGUCCGCCACCUCCCGGAGUUACAUCAGCCGCGGGGAGCAGCCUCGGGGGCCAGCCCAAGCGGUUGCCCGGACAGACACCGCCUGGGCCUGGACCCCCGAUGGCUGGAACCGGUGCUCAAGGAGCACCCUCUGGAAGUGCGGGAGCGGCGCCUCCGGGACCUCUACCCAACGGCACGGCAAGUCACCACAUGACGGACGGCGCGGACCAUCUCUCGGGUGGCGUCCACACCGUGGGACACCCUUCGGCGCACCCUAGCGGUCCGUAUGGGAACCAGCCACCCGGCACAGAGUCCAUGCUCGAAGCCAAGUGAAACCAGACAUUGGUGCCGUUGUCUUGUUGUGGGGGUCCCUCAAGAUAACGUCGCAACGGCGAGCUGAGCUGUUGUUCUAUUACAAUUCAUUUGACAAAAUUUUCUUUUAAUUCGUGUCAUCCGCCGCCGUAACGGGCAGAUCCCCAGGGCAAAGUGUAGGCAAGUCGUUACUGUAUUUCCGUGAUAAAAGGUCAAGAGGUUCCGUUUCAAAUAGAAGAAAUAUCGUUGAUUAUGCCAACCAUGAAUGAACAUUAAUACUGCCAGUUUUCAGGCUCGAAGAUGGGAUGGCUUGGGGAUGAAACGGCCGCGUUAUCGCUAGCGUUCCCUUUUUCUUUAUUUCUUUUUUUUGUGUGUACAGAGUCGGUAGUACAUAUUGUGUGGAUUUGUGCAAUGUCUGCAAACGCAACCACACUUUCAAAUAGAACAGACAAGCAGAUUAUAAAGAAACGCACGUCUGAAUACCCAACGUGUCUCUAAGGAAACAAACGCAAAACAUGUGCCAGUGUCAGACGCCGUUACAGCUUCUAUUUGGCAGGACCGACGUUCUCUGUUUGGAAUCAUUGAAGUAGCGUUGCGGUGACUCCUCCAGCAGGAUUCAUACAGCGUCCUCUCACCCGCUAAACAAGCGAAUGUGAAACAGCAGUCAUGUGUGUGAUCACUUUUCCUUUGUUUUGUACAGAGUCAUCAGUAGAAGAGUGAAAUGGGUUAAUGCGCGUGUGUGUGUGUCUUCGGCGCUUUCGCACGAGAAAUCAGAAUUACAAACGAGCUGCAAAACACGUUUCUGUGCUCCAGGUUUGUACAGUGUUAAUUUGCUCACGCGGAAUUGCGAAAGACAUGGUAGUGCUCAAGUAAUGAAAGAAUCAACCUGCGUCAUGGUGAGUUCCCUAACUAGUACCCUUUUACUCCACAUAUCUGCGCACCGCACUCAUUAUAGUGAACAGACUGGCCUGGAAUAGGCUGCCAAAUGAAAGAAAAGAGAGUAAACAGCCUUUUAGCUUUUCGAUGAAACCGGUUCCGGCUUUCUUUUUCCUAUAUUUUUUUUUACACUUCAAGAUCAUCGGUUUGAUGUUUGCUUGCUUUUGAUAACAUUUCAACUCCACCAGAAAAGGUGGAGUAGAAAGGAAUUGAGUCUCCUUUCUGUCUCUGUCAGCUGGCGCUAAUAUGUUAUCCAAGGUAGAAUACAGACACACCCAAUACACAGCAGUGAUACAGUCUGCUUCCUUUGUCGCUGUACCAAUAAAGCUGAUAAAGACCUUUGCUGUUCAACAGGAGGUAUGUUCUUCGUACAUGGGACAGACCCCGUACUUCGUCAAAUACUGCGGUAAGGAAUAAGAGUGGCACAGAUACUACCGAUAGCGGAAGUGUUCAGCGUUUUGUGUUAUGCAUAUGAGAAAAAGAAAGUACAUAUUGUUGCAGGCUGGACCAUUCGCUGCUUUACUUACAAUUUUCUUAAACAGCUGACAGUAUAUUUCGCCAUUCUCCCUAACAAAAUGUCCGCUAUACCAGCGCACGUUCAUUGUAUGUUACCUGUGACAUCGUUACCAAAAAAAAUGCGGCUACAUAUUUUGGUCCAUGUCGUUUAUUUUAUUGUGCAUUCAUUUCAAACAAGGUACACUGAUUGUAUUUUUUGUUUUUAGUCGGAGACAAUGUUCUGUUUAUGUAAUCUAUUGAGUGAACUUCAUGUCCCCCCAUUUUUACCAAAAAAGCUUUGCAUUCCUGCUUUAUGCUUGCAUUUUCUCCCUUUGAGUCCAUCAGUCUGACCAUCUUGCUUUUUCUGUGAUCAGAAGCACUAUACGAAGCUAUGGGCGCUUUAACGUAAAGCUAUUCCAAUCUUUUCUAUUUCAUUUAUUCCAUCAGCCCUCCAUCAUUGGUCAAAUUUGUUUCUGGCCACCAUCACUUUGCUUGUCUGUCACUCGACCUCAGGCAAACUGCGAAAACUCUUCCUCUGAUAUGACGUAUACACACUGAUUAUGCAUGAUUACACAAAAGAAAAGCAAAAUAUUGUUUUUAGACUCUACGCCUCUUCUACAAUCAGCCCUCCGUUAUUGUUAAAAAGGUUUCAUGCUGCGCCCACUUCACCUGUCUGUCGCGCGAAGUCACAAAAUCGCGAAAAGUCACCAUGUCAAAGUGAGGUGUACGCAUAAAAAUGCAUUAUUAAGCCGAACAAACCUGAAUUUAUUCGGAACAGCCAUAAAGUGCCCGUUCCAAAAUGACUAGGUGAUGGCUGCCCACCUAUCGCUCUGGCACUAAACACUCGGAGUUGCCGGGGGAAAGGGUUUUAUGUACGUAUAAAACACUUUUCCGCGGCAGAUAACGUUGUCGAGCUCUUUUGACACGCACAUGGCAUCACUCUGCCAACUUUUCUUCACUGAGGAUCCGUUUUAGCGGCAUUUUUACUCUUCCGUUGCAUCCUGCUGCGAUUUUCGUCUAUACCCCGAAAGCCAAGCUAGGGGAAGCGGCCCAAUCGCUGGCGCUGGCACUGCCCUCCUCCUCCGGUUGUCUACUUUCAAUGCGUUAGCUUAGCCCCACCGAAACACUCACCACUUAUGCGUGCUCCUCGCAUCUGGUCAGCCACUUAAAUAAGAAAAACCUGUCAAGGUAGGCAAGGCUAUUCGUUUUGAAAGUAAACAAAAGUGACCUCAUGUAAACGAGGAGAGAGAGAGACAUAAGAGGAGAGAAGACAGGGAGGUUAGCCAGUGUAAGCACUGGCUGGCUGCUCUUUGCUAGGGAAAGGGGUAAAUGGAAUAGCGAGGAGAGUGUUUAAUUGGCCCUGUCGAAAAACGCUGCGGGUCACCUCCCGAUGCUUGCGAGGGCAGUUACGUAAACUUGAAGUCAAGGAGUUGGUAUAAAAAGAGGUUGGAAUAGCUUUACGUUAUAGGGCCUCUAUGCCACGCAAACUGCUCUGUUUAUCCAAAGCCAUAAAAUGUUAUUUGGCGAAUGCUGUUACUAAAUCGGCCGUCGUGCAGCUGAGCGCACCAGCUUGAGCAUAAUCUAUAUGGCGCCGC